CCUCUGAGUCCCGGGCUGGUUUUAAUGGACUGCCGGUAACCAACAUCGACCCAGAGUAGGUGAACGUGUGUUGGCGUAGACUGGACAGUGCUGACCAUCAGAACACAUGGGGGAGACGGAGGAUGAGCGUACGGCGCAGGCCAGCCAGCUCUUUGAGAACUUUGUCCAGGCGUCCACCUGUAAAGGGACCCUGCAGGCCUUCAGUACCCUCUGCAGACAGCUGGACCUGGACCCUCUGGACUACAGCAACUUCUACAGCUGUCUGAAGGCCACCGUCUGCCACUGGAAGGUCAAGGCUCUGUGGACUAAACUGGACAAACGGGCCCAGCAGAAGGUCUACAACCAGAACAAAGCCUGCCAGGGUACCAGGUGUCUGAUCAUCGGCGGGGGUCCCUGUGGUCUGCGAACAGCCAUCGAACUGGCGCUGCUGGGCUGUAAGGUGGUGGUCAUAGAGAAGAGAGACACCUUCUCCAGGAACAAUGUGCUCCACCUGUGGCCCUUCACCAUCCACGACCUCAGGGGCCUCGGAGCCAAGAAGUUCUACGGCAAGUUCUGCGCCGGUUCCAUCGACCACAUCAGUAUCCGUCAGCUCCAGUUGAUGCUCCUGAAAGUGAGUUUGAUUUUGGGAAUAGAGAUUCACGUCAAUGUGGAGUUUGUCAAAGUCGUGGAGCCUCCAGAGGAGCAGACUGAUGACAGUCCUGGGUGGCGAGCAGAGGUCCGACCAUCCACCCAUAUCGUUUCUGACUUCGACUUUGACGUGGUGAUUGGAGCCGACGGACGAAAAAACACUUUAGAUGGUUUUGCCCGCAAGGAGUUCCGAGGAAAGUUGGCCAUCGCCAUUACCGCUAACUUUGUCAACAGAAACACAACAGCAGAGGCUAAAGUGGAAGAGAUCAGCGGCGUAGCCUUCAUCUUCAACCAGAAGUUUUUCCUUGAACUUAAAGAGGACACGGGAAUCGACUUGGAGAACAUAGUGUACUACAAAGACAACACCCACUACUUCGUCAUGACGGCCAAGAAACGUCUGCUGGACAAAGGGGUCAUCUUAAAUGACUACAUAGAAACCGAGCGUCUGCUGAGCGCCGACAACGUCAACCAGGAGGCCUUGCUGUCCUAUGCCCGAGAGGCUGCAGACUUUGGAACCAACUACCAGCUGCCGUCUCUGGACUACGCCAUCAACCACUACGGACAGCCGGAUGUGGCCAUGUUCGACUUCACCAGCAUGUACGCAUCGGAGAACGCCGCCCUGAUCAGGGAGAAACACGGACAUCAGCUGCUGGUGGCGCUGGUUGGAGAUAGUCUGUUAGAGCCCUUCUGGCCCAUGGGGACGGGCUGCGCUCGAGGGUUUCUGGCGGCCUUCGACACUGCAUGGAUGGUGAGGGGGUGGGCACAGGGGAGGACGCGCUGGAGAUACUGGCUGAAAGGGAGAGUAUCUACCGACUGCUGCCUCAGACCACCACGGAGAACAUCAGCAAAAACUUUGAGCAGUACAGCAUCGACCCGUCCACUCGAUACCCCAACCUCAACUCCAGCUGCGUCCGUCCACACCAGGUGCGUCAUCUGUUCAUCGAUGGCAAUGAAGACUCCCAUCACGUGGGUAGAGGAGGGCCAACACGACUAUCUGUCAACCUGUCCAGACGAGAAUCCGAGGUGCGCCCCGGUCGCCUCCUGACCUGGUGUCAGAAACAGACCCAGGGCUACAGAGGGGUGGACGUCACCAACCUCACCUCCUCCUGGAGAAACGGCCUGGCCCUCUGCGCACUCAUCCACCGCCAGAGGCCCGA